AUGUCUCUUCCAAAAUAUACCACACCCCCCUCCUUGUCGUCUUCGCCCUCUAAACAAUCCAUCCGGCGGACUACGGAGUCGAACGUCCCUUCACGCCCAGAAAGCACCAUUGAUCGACCUACCACAGCCCAACAGACUCACACCUUCUCCCAAGACCAACAAGUCUAUGAGCCAAUACCAAACAUAACAUCGCCACACUCGGAAAAUGGAAGGCCACAUGAGAUAUCCGCUUCACAUCCGCCCCUUCAACCGUUCUUCACCCUGAUUGAAGACGCCAGUACCUCCGAAUACUACCACCCAACUGUUCACUAUAUCUUCUCCGAUGACGACACAGAUAUCGUGACCGAGGCAGCCUUACGCUCCUUGGAGCCUGAACAAGAUACGCAGCCUCGUGGCGGCAAGGGAAACUCCAGGUCCACACGUGACCAGCACCCGCAGGGUGAAGGAGAGGAGGAUGAACUGUCGAAUGAGAGAAAGGAAUCAUUGCUUCCACCUCCGGUACCUGGUGUCCGGGAUAAUUACAUCAUUCUCGAUAUGGAUGUGCUUGGUCUAGAUGAUAUGCAACACAUGAGUACCGCCCCCGGGCACGACGUCAGUGUCGGCUCCCCAGGAACCCAAUCCGCCGUCCCCCAACAACAGCAGGAUUCCCAGAACCACAACCAACACGGUCAAAAAUUCGCAGUCACUUCAGCUCACAGUUUGACACCGACAUGGCAAGUUCUAAAUACUCAACUAGUGCCCGCCCCGACCUUUGAGAACAAUCCUUCCGGCGAGCACUCACCGAAUGGUGCCCUGAUGUUGAAAAUUCAAGGAACAGUUGGCUUACCUAUGACUCUGCCUGGUAAGGAUAAAGACAAAGAUAAUAGCACCCAACGAUUGGAGGAUAUGAUGGAGCAAUUUUCGAAACGUUUGGGCGAGCUCCGGCAAGUCAUUAAAGCUGGAGAGCAAGCAUACUUACCGGGAAAUGUUGAUGAGGAACAUAUACCAACUGAGCCGCCAAACACGGAGGAUACUACUGUGGCAAACCCCGAGGGUCAGAAUGAAACCCUAACGCAGAAUGGGGAUGAUAUGGUCGGCAAAAGCCCAUAG